UUUAUCUUUUAUCAUAAAAUCGGUGAAUGUUGUGAUUUUGAUUGAAAUUAAUUAAUUUAUUCGAAUUGAUCAGCUAUGAUCGAGUGACAAUAAUACUCAAUGUGACUCGUGUUGUUCCUGUUCGUUUGUUACACUUCAAAGUUCAAGAUCAAAAUCAAAAGUUCAAGCUUUUCUACAUCAAAACAAACACAUUCUACCUUACCUUAAUAAUCAAUACCGCUUUUUACCCUUUAUCACUACACUCACUCCAUAUGUGCAGCAUCCAGCAUCUUCAAAAGUGUUUUAAAUUCGUUAACCGAGUUUAACCGGCGUAUUCGUGUUUCGUGAGUGGUUCAUGCUGCAGUUCUAAUCUGGCCGCAGCUUUUACCUGGUCCUGAUCUCCUGAUACAAUGUCCGAAGACUUUCUCUCAAAGUACAAUGUUUUGAGUGCCAUUUCACUGGUAGUACUCGGAUUCUACUCGUACGCUGCGUAUCUAUUCACCACCGAUGUGGGAAAUAACAAGUGCUCCAUGACUUAUAUGUUCGAGUAUCCUCAGUUCGUGAAAAUUGUAGUAACCGAUCAGCAUGGCAACGAUUACAAGAAGUACAGUUUGUACGCGUACAGCGAGGGCAAAUAUAUCGAGAGAGCCAGAGCGAUGAAAUUCACCGGGAUACCAGUUCUAUUCAUUCCGGGCCACGGCGGCUCUUUUAAACAAGCGCGUUCGUUGGCUUCCGUCACGACUCAUCGUACAAUGGACUUACAAUCGAUCUUCCACUUUGAUUUUUUCACCAGCGACUUCAACGGUGAAUAUUCAGCCCUGUAUGGUGGCACGUUGAAGAAACAACACGAAUUUAUCAUUUGCAGCAUACGUAAAAUUUUAUCUCUAUAUCCGCCUGGAAACAGACCCGAAUCUGUGAUUAUUAUAGGACAUUCGAUGGGCGGUAUCGUGGCUAAAAGUUUAUUCUUGAGUAGUUAUUUCGUUAAGGAUUGGGUCAAAUUGAUAAUUACUUUAGCUACGCCUCAUAAACCCGUAUUGUUAAUGGAUGGAGAUUUAUACAGUUUUUAUAACAUCGUCGAUGAGUAUUGGGCUAAAUUACGAACGAGGAAAUCUAGUCGUUUGGGUAAUAUCACGUUGAUUUCGAUCGGUGGAGGUGCUCGAGAUAUGCUAGUUCGACCUGGCUUAACAUACGACAAAUACGCUGAUUUGAACGUCUUGACAAACGCGGUGCCGAAUGUAAUUACAUCCACUGAUCACUUGUGCAUAGUUUGGUGUAACAAUUUUAUAAAAACGUUAUCACGAGCUCUGUAUGAUGCUGUGGAUUUUGAAGUGAAAGGAAUCACAUUGGAUAAAGACCUAUUGAAAAAUAUAUUUUAUUAUCACCUUGUUCGAUGUAGCAAUGGAAAAUAUUACACAACUGAAAUUCACCAAGAAAGGCUGAAAUUUUCGCGGAAUAACACCGUUUGGAAAGAAAUCAAACAGACUCAGAUUUCAUUACAGUACCCGGAAGGAUUGGACGAAGAUACUUACGUAAUGAUUAAAAAACCAGCUAGAUCAUUAGGUGCUAAAUACGAUAUUACAAUAGAGGCGACUAAUAUCGAUAAGCGUGAUUGGAUAGCGGAAUGCGCUGGUCGAAAUUCAAACGAUGAUGGUACUAUUACUUGCGAAGAUGGUGUGAAUUUGUCACAAUUUGGAGUGAUUGGAUUCAAUAAGACAAUGGGAAAAAAAUAUUUUCAAACUACGUUCAAUUCGACAAAGGAAUAUAUUUCUCCAGCAACGCAUUACGUUGUGAAAUUGCCCGCUCAUAAAAAAGAUAUUGGUCUCGCCAUCGAUAUAUAUGAUCGAAAAACACGAAUUGUGCAAGCGGAGCUCAAUUUCUUAACAUUUUAUAAACAAAGAACCAUACUAAAAAGUACCGAAAAAGGAGCAUUACGGUAUAAAAUUUACUUGAACGGAUUAGUAGCUAUGUGGAAAGCAUAUCGUUUGUAUUUAACACCUCAUAAGUGCACCAAUGAACAGCACCUGGCUUAUGCGGUGUUCAAAUCUCCUUGGAAUCACGACAGUUCGCACGCUGUCACUAGUUGGGAGGAAGAAGAGCCAUUGAAAUUGAUUCUACUAACAAUACCUCCUUAUCAAAUGUCCGAAGAAGCAAAAUUGGUACCUUCAGUUGAAUUAAUUCUCGAUCCAGCUUGCAGAUAUUCAGUGCAAGUGGAGGCGUCCUACAUGGAAUCCUUAGGAUUAAUAGCCACUCGCUACAGUUUCGCUCUGUUCGCCAAUGUAGCUACUAUUCUACUAUUGGUGCUAGUUCGACAAUAUGCCUUCUUUCAAACCACCCGGUUUUGUUUAUCAUUUUUCACUGCUUUGCAAGAAGGCGCUGGACCGUGGUAUACGUUGCCAGUGGUUAGAUUUAUUACCUACAGUUGGGAAAACGUCGACUUGAGCAAUUAUCCAUUUAAAUGGGAUACGUUAAUUAUGCAAGACGAUACCGCGGACGGUAUUAUUGUACCUAUCGUAUUGUAUUUCGUUGCAUUUGGGAUUGUGCACAUAACCGCCACGUUAUUAUGGAUAUUUGUUCUGGCUGGAGUGAAAACAUAUCGAACGUAUUUCAAAUGUUUCUCAUUAAUUAAAAUCCCUUCAUUAACGGAGUUUUACUUUUUUCGGAGAAUCUACGCGCGAUUUCCCGUGACCUUAGGGAUGUUGGUAUUUUUCAUUUGUUUCGCUACCUGUGGCAGUUUUGGAUUACUCGUUGGACUUGUAAUAUAUUUUUUAAAGAUUUGCAGAUUAUACAAACAAUGCCUGGAGGCAGAAACUUUAAUGAAUGAUACUCUCGAAAAGAAAGUUAGAACAAUCGCAGAUGAUUUGGAGUUACCCAGAAUAGAUUGUGUCCACCUCCAUGUCACUUUGUUCCUGCUGUGGACUCUCAACACAGUGGUGUACUUGCCCAGUUUAGCAAUGUGGUUUAAAAAUUUAGACUAUGAAAUAUUUAUCAACGAAGAUCCAAGCUAUGUAUACUCAGCGAUCUUGGCCUUGUCAAUUUCUGUGAUUUGGUAUUGCGAUUGUUGUCCGUAUGUUUUUCUACCGUACUACAAAAUCGUUGUGUAUCCUUUAUUCGUUACCACCUGCAGCGUUCUGCUAAUGUGCCAAGUAAAUAUUUAUCGUUUACCGAGCGUAAUAAGCGCAGUAUUUGUCGCAAUUGCCGUACAUCAGUACCUAGGGUUAGUGAAGUUACGUAAAUGGGCAGCGGAUGAAUAUCGCCAAAUGGCUGAACGUUUAGCCGCCGAUAAUGCAACCAUGUUUCAAAGCGGCCAAAAUGUAAUAAUCCCUGGUCGGCCUAGUUUUACUCCCAGAUCGUCGCAGUUGAAUAAUCCCAGAUCGACUCAGACUUCCAAAUCGAAUAAUUCGUCCACGAGAAAUGGUUCUAAAGCUCACGAUACCAGAGAGCAAGCCAAGGAGAAGCAGAAUUAACAUUUCCUUUCCUUCCCCUUCACGUAGUAAUCGCGUUACGUGAAUGUAAGGUUAAGCUAAGUCAGUAUAGCCGAGUCAUACGAGCAAUUUGUCCGCGUUCCUUUGUAUGGUGUGCGGAUGUGCGAUCAUUUUCCAAUUAUUGUUUUCGUUAUAAUCCUUUUCUUCUUAUCUAGUCAUACUUACUACUUACUUACAUUUUAGUUGUGUGUGUAUCUGUGUUAUUCUUAUUUUAAGCUCGUUUUCGUAUAUGCCAAGUGCCCGUAUGUUCCCACGUUACAGUCAUAUCAAAAAAUUUCCUCCCAGUGUUUGGUCUAAUUACUUAAAUAUCAUGUAACGAAUGUGUGAAUAAUCGAAACAGUCCACAGUUUAUUUCAUUAUGCUCGACGCAUGCUCAGGGAGUGAACAAGUGAACCCGAGGAACCUCCAACUUAAAAAGUCACGAAAUGUAUGAAAAUCAUCGUACGAUAACCAUUUUUAUUUUAAUCGAAAUGAAUAAAGUACAUAAUUAUUACAAUGUAUUUUACGUAAUUUUGUUGGGUUUCAAAAAUCAUCUCGUUGAUCCCAAAUAUGUAAUUCUAAGUAAUGGGUUGACUGUUCGAUUACAAUUACCUAAAUUGUUAUUUUAUUCGAUGAAAAUUUUGUUCCUAGGUUCACUUGAGCGCCCAGAAUGUAUUUUUCUCUCGAUUUCAACUUUAAACAAGAUGAUUUAUUUACCAUGCGUAAUUGUGAUUUUUUUUAUUUUAUUUUUUAUGGUUCUAAAUCUUGCGAUUCGCGCAAGCGUGCAGAUUAAUUUUUUUUGUUUUUUUAUUUAUGUAGGUCAUGAACAGUAUUAUUUGUGUAUAUUUUAUUUUUUCCAGUUAUGAAACUCAUGUGCCAUUUUAUUGAAUCUCCUUUAAAAAAAAAAAUAAUUUUAAUUAUGUUAUAUCAGCAGUGUGUGAUUUUUUUUAAAAUGUAAGUGUUUUUUUACCUUUCAUCUUUGAUUAUUUUCGGCGUUAUACCUUCACUCAAAUGAUUAAUACCUUUGUAGCAAAACUUUAUGAAUUUGAUUUGACAUGACUAUUGUACUUGCUCUUUUUAUUCAUUUUGUAUUUUAUUUUAUUUACCUACUUAUUUGCAUAUUUUUUGUAUCGUGUAAAUGCAAGACGAUUUUUAAAAAAGAUGUAUAAACGAUUGAAAUUUUUGUAGCGAAUAUUCUAUCGUGUGAUUGUGUAAUAUUUAAGCUUUUGGUGUUUCAAUUGAUGUUUCAAUUGAUGAACAUACCUAUAAUGUACUAUUGACGAAUCUUUGUCGAUUUUUGUUCAUUGCAUUACUGAAUAAAUGCAUGUUGAUGUGAA